CAGGCCCAGUGGCCCAGACCCACAACAUCAACGACGAAAAGCAACGAUCCAGAGACCGCGUAGCCAAUCUAGCUUCCAGCCUCCGCCCUUCCCGUCGCGAGCUCCGCCACCAAUCGCCACCACAACCAAAUCCUCGGCCCCCCUAGCCACCUCCAUCAAAGUCAUCUCAUAAUCCAUGGGGAAAAACGAAUUUCUUACACCGAAGGCGAUCGCGAAUCGAAUCAAGGCAAAAGGGCUGCAGAAGCUUAGGUGGUACUGCCAGAUGUGCCAGAAGCAAUGCCGAGACGAGAAUGGGUUCAAAUGCCACUGCAUGAGUGAAAGCCACCAGCGCCAGAUGCAGAUUUUUGGCCAAAACCCCCAUCGGAUUAUCGAGGGUUAUUCCGAGGAGUUUGAGACAUCUUUUCUUGAGCACAUGAAGCGCAGCCAUCGGUUCAGCCGCAUUGCUGCCACCGUGGUUUAUAAUGAGUACAUCAAUGACAGGCAUCAUGUUCAUAUGAACUCCACUCAGUGGGCAACUCUUACAGAGUUUGUCAAGUACUUGGGUCGAACGGGGAAGUGUAAGGUCGAGGAAACACCUAAGGGUUGGUUCAUUACGUAUAUAGAUAGAGAUUCUGAGACCCUUUUCAAGGAGAGGUUGAAGAAUAAGAGGAUCAAGGCAGAUAUGGUGGAGGAAGAGAAGCAAGAGAAGGAGAUUAUGAAACAGAUCGAAAAAGCUGAGCAAUUGAUGCAACGGUCAGAUACCACUGAGGCUGAUCAGGCUUCAAGGGUCGAGGCUCCAAAGGAACUAAAUGUGGAAGAUGGAGUUAAGAUAGGAUUUUCUCUUGGCGCAUCGGCUAAGCCUGUGAUCAAAGAGAAACACGAGUCAUCGAAGAAGGUUGUGUUUGAUGAGGAUGAGGAAGAUAAAUACAAGGAAAGGAAUCCAGGAAAUAGUUUGAAGAGAAAAGAGAGUGGAGGUGGAGGAAAGUCAACCUUGGAAGAAUUGAUUAGGGAAGAGGAGAAGAAAAAGGAGAAAAUCAACAGGAAGGACUAUUGGUUGCAUGAGGGAAUCAUUGUUAAGGUUAUGAGCAAGGCCUUGGCAGAGAAGGGGUACUACAAGCAAAAGGGUGUGGUGAGAAAGGUGAUUGACAAAUAUGUUGGGGAAAUUGAAAUGCUUGAAAGCAAGCAUGUGCUGAGAGUCGAUCAGGAAGAGCUUGAAACUGUGAUUCCACAAGUUGGGGGCCGUGUAAAAAUUGUCAAUGGUGCAUAUCGUGGAUCAACUGCGAAACUUUUGGGGGUGGAUACGGAUCAUUUUUGCGCAAAGGUGCAGAUAGAGAAAGGUGCCUAUGAUGGCAGGGUACUCAAAGCGGUGGAAUAUGAGGACAUUUGUAAAAUAGCACAAUGAGUUUGAUGAGAAUAAUAACCAAGUGAUUCUGUGUUAAGUUGGUUGAAUAACAUUGUUUGUUCUUAUGUAUCCGUUUGUAGUUUAUCAGUUUUAUUCGUAUGAGAUCAAUCAUGACGAUAAUCUUCCCUGUUAUAAGAUUGAAUGCGUGCUUGAUUGGCAAUGGAGAAUCUUUUUACUUUCCGGUAGUAAGAAAAUUGCGGGGAGAUGGUGAUUGUAAGCUCCAAACUACAAUGUUAUACGCGCAAUUAAUGAACUUCUUAACUUUAGAACGUAAUGGUU